AUGCUCGGCCAAGUACCGUCUCGCACGCGCCAAAAUAAGCGAAAUUUGACUAAAGCGUCUACUAUAGACGCCAUAGACGUGGAUAUGCAGCAUGAGCUGAAUAGUCUCGAGGAGCUGGCCUCCUCUCGUCCUAUCGCUUUGAGUGAGCUUUGGAGCAGGGCAAGCUUGCGCGGGAAGGCGACUAGGUCUCUCAAGUCUGUGCAGCAUCUUAGCGUACGUAGCGAGGAUGCAAAAGACAUUUCAAAUGACGCAACAUCUGCUGUUGCAUCCCCAUCCAAGACGCGUCCUCGUUUCACUUCUCUGCCCCAGCCUUGCAACGACGAGGGUCACAACAAAAGCCAUCAAGGCGCCUCUUUGAAGCGUCCUCAGAUUCAGUCAGAAUUGUACACUGCAACGCAAACCGUUGAGGCGGAAGGACUGGGUUGGUAUGCUCAUUCCGAUAAUCUCAUCCACGAGAAUCCGCUGAGCUAUACCACUGGUGUUGACCCUUCCCGUGCCCAAUACCCUGGCCACGGUCAUCAUGAAGGCUCAGAAAUUCCGUUCUUCAAAUCCCGGGUCUUCCUUCGCAUGGAGCACGCCAGUUGGCCUGGAGAUACUUGUUCUUCCUACAACCCUCAUGCAGACUGUUACAGUCAGGGUCUCGGCUCUGAUGAUCUGCAUAUGGCAGGCGCAUAUAUAGAACUCCCUCAUAGCAGCAUCGAUACCGAAGCCAAUCGACUGUCCUAUGAUACGUCGACGACUCAGGGCUAUCACUACAACAAUGAAGACAUCCAUUCGACUCUCUUCGCCUUAAAUCAUAAUUACUCCGAGCAACUUCAGCAAGGAUACCAAGUACAGGAGCCAGAGCAGACUGAGACCGAAUACUCGGAAGUGGUCCAUGAGAAAUUGCCCAGCAAAUUUUCCAAAUCGGCUCAGGCACGGAUUUCAAGCUCUAAGGAAAUUCAAUACUCGAACCCCAUUCGGUUUUCCAAUGCUUCUCACCUCCGAAAACUGAGUGCUGCUGAGAGCAAUUCGUCCAAGGACAGUGCUAAGCGAUCUAUCAAGGAAGAAGCGUCGGCUUACCUGCAGAGCGUGGUUGAAGAUGCCCAGCAGGCGUCUCAAAAUUCCAUGGUGCAGUCGAGUACUUCAGUUCUCGGUAGACGCUCCGAAAUCGACCACAGCGCAAACUGUUUGGGGUCGUUUCCUGCCAUUUUGACCACCAAGCAAAAGAAGGUGGGAGAGACGCGCUCAGGCAGUGAGCAAUCCUUCCCGUUGAACGAGCCCUUCACCCUGUUUCACGGCUCGUCCAGUUUAGGACAAACACCUAUCCAACACAACGAUCCGAAUGGCAACGAGAGCAAUGAAACACGAGAGGUGAUUCACGGUCCUUAUGGAGGUAUUGAAUCGGUUGCUGGCAGGAUUACUCGACCUCCACCAGGACUGUGUAUGCCAUCAAUGCCAGGAACGACCACCGAAUCGUCGUAUCCCGACAAUCCCUUUGUGCCGAAGAGUGCCAGACUGGAAGCAGUCAAUACUUGGUUUCAUACGGACAAUCGGGGCCAGGAGCAACUACGUCAAUAUGUUGCCGCCAUUGCUCAGGACCACGCUGAGAGGACUGCGCUCUUUCACGAUGGAUCUACUUCAGUGCCUGAGGCUACGACUGUAAUGCAGACCACUUUGCUAUUGGGGAAUGCCAUUGCUAAUCUCCAGACAUACGUCUCCCGGAAUCAUAUGGAGCAAGCCGAAUACUUCGCAACAUACGGAGAAGCACAACCGCACUGCUACGAGUCUAGUCCUGAUGGGCAUCCCAGUUUUUUCGAUCGGGACCCUCUGUUUAAUCAGUGGCGCCUACCGACCACCCGAGGCUCCCAUUGCGUGAGCAGAAAAUAUGAGAAGGAACUUAUCUCAAUCCGAUUUCAUGAAGCGCGGGCCAUCAAUCAAACUUCCAACGGCUGGUAG